UUUUUCUUUUCUUUUCUUUUUUUUGGAACUAAAAGGAGAAAAAAAAGAAAAAGAGAGAUAGCACCAUUUCUAUUUAUAUACAGAAUUAUACGCAUAGAUAGUAUAAGAUAGAGAUUAUUUACAAUGUCAAAUACCGCAACGAUUACAUCUCUUGAACGUACAAAGACAGAGUCAAUGAAGGCUCCUUUACCAAAGACAAAGAUGCCUCCUCUCUUUGAUCAAACUAUCACUUCAAAGAAUUGGACAAAACAUGUCAAUUGGGUACAUGCUACUUUGUUAUUAGGAACUCCCCUCAUUGGUCUUUAUGGUAUUUUUACUACUGAAUUAACAAAGAAAACAAUGAUUUGGGCCAUUAUCUAUUAUUUCAUUACUGGCCUUGGUAUUACUGCAGGUUAUCAUCGUCUGUGGUCUCAUCGUGCGUAUCGUGGCCGAUCUCUUUUACGUUGGUUGCUUUGUUUUGCUGGUUCUGGUGCUGUUGAAGGCUCUAUUUAUUGGUGGUCUAGAGGUCAUCGUGCUCAUCACAGAUGGACUGAUACUGAUAAAGAUCCUUACAGUGCUCAUCGUGGUUUCUUCUUUUCUCAUAUAGGUUGGAUGUUAGUUAACCGUCCAAAGAACCGUAUUGGUUAUUCUGAUGUUGCUGAUCUUAAGGCUGACCCUGUUGUUGCUUUACAACAUAAAUACUAUCCUUAUUUUGCCCUCUUUAUGGGAUUCAUCUUCCCUACUUUGGUUGCUGGAUAUGGUUGGGGUGAUUUCCGAGGCGGAUAUUUCUAUGCUGGCGUAGUUCGUCUUAUCUUUGUUCAUCAUGCUACAUUCUGUGUAAACAGUUUGGCUCAUUGGUUAGGUGAAUCUACGUUUGACGAUCAUAAUACCCCUCGUGAUCACUGGAUCACUGCUCUCGUCACAAUGGGAGAAGGCUAUCACAAUUUCCAUCACCAGUUCCCUCAAGAUUAUCGUAACGCUAUCAAAUUUGGUCAAUAUGAUCCUACUAAAUGGCUUAUUACUGCUUUGUCUUGGAUUGGUCUUGCCUACGAAUUGAAGGAAUUUCCUUCUAAUGAAGUCAAGAAGGGACGUAUCUUCAUGGAAGAAAAGCGUAUUCAACGUGAAAAAGCAACUCUCACUUAUGGUGUACCUCUUAAGGAUUUACCUAUUUAUACUUGGGAAGAAUUUCAAUCACUUGUAUUGAACGAAAAUAAGAAAUGGAUAUUGAUUGAAGGUGUUCUCUAUGAUGUAGCUAAUUUUAUAAAAGAACAUCCUGGAGGAACCAAGUAUCUUUCAACUGCUAUUGGUAAAGACAUGACAACUGCCUUCAAUGGUGGUAUUUAUAACCAUUCUAAUGGUGCUCGUAACUUGUUAACUUCAAUGCGUAUUGGUGUCCUUCGUAAUGGUAUGCAAGUCAUGUCUGAAUCUGAUGCAUUAAAACCAUCGGAGUACGAUGAUUCACUUGAAUUCGAUUCCAGGGCAGCAGAAUUCAAUAAGAAAAAAUAAUAAUAUCCCUCUUAUCUAAUUACAUCACCGCCAUAAAUAAUCAACCCUUAUAAAAAAAAACGUACGCACACUCACACACACGCACACAUCUAUACAUAUUAUAUCAAUUAACUAAUUCAGUUUUGUUUAUAUAUUCUUUUAUCAUUAACAUUCAUAUUUAUUUCUACUAUUAUAAGCCAAUAAAAAAAAAUCAUAUUAAAUAUUACAUAA